AUGGAUGAAUAUAAAUGCAUCAGCUGUUUUGAAAACAUAUAUUUAAAUAGUGAAAAAAAUUUAUUUUUUUUUGAUAUAUGUAAGCAUAAAAUAUGUGCAGAAUGCUUAGAAAAUCAUUUAAAUAAGCAUAAUAAGCAACAUUGUCCACUAUGCAAAGUGACUAUUAGUAAAAAAAAUGUUGUUCCAUUUGACAUAGAAGAGCGAAUAUAUGCAAAUCAAAAAAAUAUAAGAUCAAAAUUAAUUGAAAUUUUUAAUAAGAAAAGACAUAAUUUUGAAAAUACUCCCUUGUAUAAUAAUUAUUUAGAAAAAGUAGAAGAUAUUGUUUACACAUUAACAAAUGAAUAUGAUGAAAAAAAAAGGAAGAUAAUUGAAGCAUAUAUUAAAAAAUAUGAGAAAGAAAACAGUAAAUUAAUAGAAGAAAAUAAUACUCUUAUGUAUGAAAAUGAAAAAAAAAAAAUUCAUGAAAUUGUAAAAGAAGAAGGCAAUUUAUAUGAAAUAAUUAAACAUAGACCAAUUAUAAAUAAAUCCAAUAAUGAAACAUAUGUUCAUUCACUAAUUAAAGAAAAUCCCAAAUUAUUUGAUGAAAUAAAGGUAACUAAUAUAUCUGAAUCCCAGCCACAACCUUUAAAUCCUGCUUUUAAAAAUGACACAGAUAUACCAAAACGUAAAUUUUUCAAUGAAGAAGAAUUAAAAAAAUCUGAUUAUGCAGGUGGAUACGAUACUUCCAUUGUUUUUAAAAGAUGUGAUACUGAAUUCAAUUCUACUAUAUAUUUUAAUAUAUAA